UCGUUGUCGCUAAUGCCAAGGGAUGAGGCCAGUGCUCCGUCGCCGGUCGGCCGGCAAUGCCGCGCCGCAACGGGAAUGUCGCGGUUCGAACCCCGCUCGCGGUAACUUCGCGCCGUCGACAAAUGGCAGACGCGUCGGGUAGUUCGGGUGGACGCCGCGGCGGUGCGCCACCCGCACGGGAACACCAACCUCAACAGGGUUACCACAACCGCCGCUGGCGGCAGCACCGGAGAGGCGGUGGUCGCGGUGGUUGGCGGCGCGGCCGCGGCGCAGCGCGCGGAGCGCAAGACAGCGCCGUGGGAGCGUCAGCAGUCCAAGAUGGCAGCCGUGGGGUGCUGACGGCUAUGGCUGACAGUCCUGGAAGAGGAAGUUUAAGGUCUCCACAAUUACCGUCUGGAAACGACAGCUUGACACCCCCCAGGGGCAGGGGAUUAAGUCGGCAUCCGGCAGCCAGAAGCCCCUUGGUCGAGCGCAAUCGCGCUCGUCGAAGAAUUUCAGAGGCCUUAGCGACCGCUAAUUCUGCAAGCACAACUAGCGUCUCCGUCGCAGAGGAAAGUGUUACGAAUCGGCUCCAUGGCAACACUGGCAGCAGAGAUGACAGCACCAGAACGCAGCCGCUACAGCAGCAUUCAACUUCUGUCCCACUUCUGACGCCGCCGCCAAGUGAAGAUGAUCCCAACGUAGACAUACGAAACAUAGAGAGACCAGCUGCUGAAGGUAGCAGCCAAAGUGACCCUGAAGAAGCGCACGACCCCGAGACCGAAGAACUCUCACGCCUGCGUUGCACAAGCGAGAGAACAGAAGUCAUCGCCGAAAGAGAAAUAAUUCGACAGAGGAGAUGCGCCGAUUAUCCUGGCUUCGCUUUCGGAUCGUCUAUAUUUGGUUCCGAUACUAUGAUGAAGUUCAACAUCAUAAGAAAUGAACUUCAGAACAUUAAAAACUCACAGCUAAAAAGGGCAGAAAGUGAGGUUGCUGCCCUAAACCGCCGAAUCCAACUGCUGGAGGAGGACCUGGAGCGCUCAGAAGAGCGCCUGGCCACUGCUACAGCAAAACUAGCAGAAGCCUCGCAAGCUGCUGAUGAAUCUGAACGGAUACGCAAGGCUUUGGAGAAUCGUACAAAUAUGGAAGAUGAUCGUGUGGCUAUACUAGAAGCACAGUUGGCACAAGCUAAGCUCAUAGCAGAAGAAGCAGAUAAAAAAUAUGAAGAGGUUGCCCGAAAACUCGUGAUGAUGGAACAGGAUUUGGAGCGAGCAGAAGAACGUGCUGAGCAGAGUGACAGCAAAAUUGUGGAACUGGAAGAGGAGCUCCGUGUUGUUGGCAAUAACCUGAAAUCCCUUGAGGUUUCAGAAGAGAAGGCAAACCAGCGUGAGGAGGAGUAUAAGCAACAGAUUAAGAACCUGAACAACAGGCUAAAGGAGGCUGAAGCCAGAGCUGAGUUUGCUGAAAGGUCAGUGCAGAAGUUGCAGAAGGAGGUCGACAGGCUUGAGGAUGACCUAUUGGCUGAGAAAGAGAAGAAUAAACUGCUGCAGGAAGAGAUGGAGGCAACCUUGCAUGAUAUUCAGAAUAUGUAAUCCUGCGCCCUACUGUGGCAUUAAGAUGACUUAAUCGUGUUGCGUGCUCAGAAAUCCCCAGGUUUGAUGAAAAAGUCCCUACUUUCCCCAAGCCCACAAAUUGAAACAUUCAUCACUUCAAAACUGAACUACUUCCAGUGUAUUACUUUUUAUUUCUUUUUUGUUCUGUUCAGAUAGUUUGAAGUAGGGCCUGUGGCACAAAUAUUCAUUCUCCAUUACAUUCCAGAAUGCAGUAGUGGUUUGUUGGUAUUAAUAUGAAAAUUGAGGUAUUGAGAGAUGUAGUGAGAUGCUACUAGCGCAUUGUGAACUGGAAUUGGACACAAUUCUCAAAGUACUUUAUGUAAGCAUUUAUAUUGUGUUCAAGUCAACAUUAUUGGUGCUACAGAUUUUUCUAUCGUUCUAUGUGGUUAGUCAGAUAUAGUGUUUCCCAAAUGGUUUGCUUAAAUCAAUUUAUUGAUGAGUGUUUCAAACAGCACAGUGUGACAUCAUUGAAAUGAUAGUUAAUAAUCAAUAAAUCUAGUUUGGUGUGUUAAGUGUGCUUCUGCAGUAGCCAUAUUGAUUGAUUACUGUCUGAGUAUGAAACUGUAAAUAAGCAUAAGCAACUGCUGGGGAAGAUAAAUAUUUAUUACAGUUUUCUAUGUAAUAGUUGUGCAAAUAAUAGUACAGUACCUUACUAAAUAACAAGCUUUCAUUUUUUCCUGCAAUGUGUUGACAGUGAUAAAAACAGUUUACUGCCAACAUUUUUGUAAUCGAAAGCACAGUAUUGUUAAAGAAACAAUGAAUCUGUAGUGCCUUCCUAUUCUUCAAAAGACAAAGUACAAUACUGGUACUUCUAUGGUGUUACACUUCAUAUCCAGAGCAAAAUUCCUGUUUUGCAUGAAUGCCUAAAUUGCAUGGAUGUUUUUAUUAUUAUUUUGCUCCCUAGUACUUUUAAGUAAUAUUUAAUUUUUGUAGAUGACACUAAAACUAUAACACAGUAUGAAGAGUUUUAUAUUUUUGUUGCUGAAUGUAUCAUUAUUUGCAUUUUUUAAAUAAAGAAAACUGGAUGAUAUGUGAAAUGAAACUGUUAUACUGCCUCAUCUUCAUAUGCUUAUUUAUUGUGUUAAAUUAGUAUUAAUUUGUAAAUUUUAUCAUAGUUAUGUUGUAUAUCUAACAGUGUUGGGUAAUAAAAAUGUUUAAUAUUAGCAUGGUUAUUUUAUAAAUUUUGCACUGUUGAUUUUAGCUUAUUCCAGUCACGUCCUAAUUUCUCAAUAGAAGCAAACAGCUGCACAAAAGCAGCUCCUGUUUGUGCAAUUAAUUUGAGUUGUUGUAGAGUGUCAGUGCAUUAAAACAGCAUGUUUUUAA